GUGUCAUAUUCUAGGCAUACUUGGUCAUUAAAAAUAUUUUCUCUGCUGAAGAAGAAAAUGCAGGCUGGCUUGAUUUGAUUUCAGGUCAAAAGAUUAAACCACAAUCUAUGCAUUAAUGGGAAAAAGCCUAUGCAUCACUGCGACUGAUAAUCAAAAUUUUUUCCCACUCUUUUCUAGCUCAAUUGGCCUUUGAUGUUCCACUCUUCUAUCUUUUUCUUACUCAAAUAAUAUUUUCAUUUGGAAAGAUGAGGAGAAACUUGAUUUCGUUGAACGUAUUCUUAGUUGCUUUCCUUCAUAUCUUCUUGCUAAUUCACAGUAAACCUCUUGUACCGGCUCUGUAUGUAUUCGGAGAUUCAUUGUUUGACAGUGGCAACAACAAUCUUCUUCCAACUGUUGCCAAGGCAAAUUACCCACCUUAUGGCCAGAAUUUUGUCGAACACUUCACCAGCAGGUUCACUAAUGGAAGAACUCUUCCAGACUUUAUAGCUGAAUUCCUUGAUCUGCCAUACCCUCCACCAUACCUGAGUAUACAUGAAUCAGUAAAGCUAACAGGUUUGAAUUAUGCAUCUUCAGCUUGUGGAAUUCUCCCUGAGACUCGAAGCCGAUUUGGCAAAUGCUUUAGUUUGGAUGAUCAAAUUGAUUUGUUUCGAUGGACAAUUGAGUCGAAAGUGCCUAGCCACUUUAAAAGCUCUAACGAGCGUUCUAACUACUUGGCAAAGUCUAUAUUUAUAUUAACAGUAGGCAGUAAUGAUUACAUUCAAAACUAUUUAGAACCACCAUUAUUGAGCAGAAGCCAAGAUUAUGAUCGCCAAGAUUAUGAUCCUCAAACAUUUGCUCAGCUUCUCAUGGAUGCUCUCUCCAAGCAUUUUGAGAGACUAUAUAGAUUAGGAGCUAGGAAGAUAAUAAUGUUUGAAAUCGCCCCGCUUGGAUGCAUCCCACAUUACACAAGGAAAUAUGAACUCAAAGGAAAAUGUCAUCACGAAACAAACCAAAUUGUCUCAUAUUUUAAUAAUAUUUUUCAUGCAACGCUGAAGAAUUUAACAUCUACUCUUCAGGGCUCCAUGUUCAUCCUUGCUCGAAUAAAUUCAUUAGUUCACGAUUCUAUUACUAAUCCUUCAAAUAUGGCUAUACUGAUGCAAGCUAUCCAUGUUGCACAACUUGGGGAAAUGGGACCUCAUCAUGCAUCCCAUGGCCGGUGCCAUGUCCCACCCCAAAUGAACAUUUGUUCUGGGAUGGUUACCAUAAUACAGAAAUAG